CCCCGGAAUUCGAAUUAUUAUAUAUAAAGAAUUAAAUCAUUUUUUUGUGUGUGUAUAUUUAUCAAAAAAAAAAAAAAAAAUGAUUAAAAGAAAAUCAAUUUUAUUAUUAUUGGUGCCCUUCCUAUUAAACCUAGUCUUUUGUGUCAAUUUUAUUACUGCAGUACAAAACGAUAUUUCUAAAAGAGUUGAUAUAGAUCGCUCAAACAUACCUAAAAAUAUUUUGUUUGGUUCUUUUAUGGGCGGAAGAAGUCAUGUUAAACCAAUGCUAGACAUUGCUACGAUAUUGGCUGAAAGAGGCUACAAUGUAAUAUUAUUGGCAUCCGGAAAUAAUGUAUUGUCAUCAGAGUAUCCAGCCGUUAAACAAAUUUCAUUAGGUCCUGGCAUGGGCAUGAAAAAUUUAGGAAAGGAUGGAAUUGAUGAAGAACAAGAUUAUAAUGCCAUGAAAAGUCUCUGGGAAAUGGGCGUAAUAUCCUACAAAAGAACAUACGAAAAAUACAAAAGUGUUGUUGAAGAUUACAAUAUUGACUUAAUAUUUUGCGAUUUACUGAUAAAUGAAGCCUGUAUAGAUGUUGCUAACACACUAAAGAAACCCGUUGUUGUGUUGGUUUCGGCACUUCAAAUCGUGGAUCCUAAACCAUAUAAAUUUGACCCUAUUUUAGGCUGUAACAUUUCAUUAGAAAAUGAAUCAAUUUGGGAAAGAUUUAGAUGUAAUUUUAUUCAAGUGUUUCGAUAUGUUUAUUCGUUAAGUGACUUUACAAAUCAGUUAAAUGAAAUGAGAAAACAAAUGAAUGUUGACCUUGGUCAAUUGACUCUUGGAGGUUUUAAAGCUUCUUUAGUUUUGAUUGAUACUUUCUUUGGUUUUGAGUUACCACAAACUUUGCCGCCAUAUAUUCAGGAAAUUGGACCAAUAUUAUCAGAAGAAUAUCCACCACUCACGCCUGAACUUUCUGAUUUUAUAAAUGGGCACGAACGCGUUUUAUAUGUAUCUUUUGGUACACUUUACUCUACAACCACUGAUAAUAACAGUAAACUUUUACAAUCGUUUAUUGAAGCAAUUAACAAAAAAAUAAUUGAUGGUGUAGUUUGGGCAUUAGUUGAGACACCAAAAGAUUAUUUUUAUCCAACAUUAAAAUUAUCUGAUGGUACACAAAUUCAAUCUUCGCAAAUUCUAAAUAAUGAACAUCCACAUAUCCAUAUUGCAGAGUUUGUUCCACAAUUUGCUAUACUUAAUCAUACUAAUACAAAAUUAUUUUUUAAUCAUGGAGGUGCAGGAAGUGCUCAUGAAUCUCUUUAUACUGGUACUCCUAUGUUAGUUUUACCUUUUGCUGGUGAUCAGAUGGGUAACGCUCAAAAAUUAGUUUCAGCUGGUGUAGCAUCAUCAUUAAAAUUGACCACUUUGGAUGUUAAUGAUAUUUUAAAUAAAAUGGAUUCAUUAUUAAAAGAAGAGAAUGUAAAGAAUAAUUCAGAGAGAUUAAAAGUUUUAGCUAAAAUUAAUAGUAAGAGAAAAUAUAGAGCUGCUGAUUUAAUUGAAUAUAUUUUACAUAGCAGUUCUUUUGUUGAAUAUGUCGAUGAUGACUUUUUAAAGGAAUGGGUUCCUGCUGAAACUAGGAUGGGAUUUAUUAGAGCAUAUAAUCUUGAUAUUUAUGCAAUUUUAAUAGGUAUCGCUCUUAGUAUCAUUGGAAUAAUUGUUGUUAAAUUAAUUAAAUUCAUUGGUUUCAUUAUAAGUCCUUCAUCAGAUGAUCAAAAAUCAAAAAAAGAUUAAGCAUUUAAAAAAUUCUGGUUUGGGUAUUGGUCAAACUAUACAACAUAACUUACUAUUAUUUGAAUUUUUAAAUUUCUUUUAUGUAUAUUUUUUAAAAUAAAUCUUUAUUAUAAAUAUUGUAUUAUAACAUUACAUAUUAAAAAAAUUCAGUGCGUAAAUAUUAAAAUCCAGUAUUAUUAAUUGAAAGUGUAAGGAUACUUGAGCAACAGGUUCAAC